GAUUAGACUGCGGCCGGUGUCGUUCCAAUUUUAUUACACCUCACUGUCCCAAUAGCAGUGUAUAGCAAGCGGUUUAAUGUCAUAUACAGAUAAAUAUUAGGGUUUAUUCCAAUAUCAUCGUCCUACUUCUCCCUAAACUGUCGAAAAAAGUCCACACUGAACAUGCGAAAGGAAAGUAUUGAUGCUGCCCACCCCUCUACCGUAAUCGCACGACCCAAUAACCUGCUCGUUCUGAGCGUGUUUCGGUCAUGAUUCACAGAACCGGGUGACAAUAACAUGGUGUAGUCACAACUUUGGGCUUCCGCGGUCUUCUGAACGUUCGUGUGGAAGUUCUCCUUUCAGAAAAUGGCGAACACGACAGGAACGGUACUUCCCACUGAUCCAAGCCUUUCGGCGACAAAUGGAACUGCAGGGUCUUCGGUUUUCCCGACGUCCAGCAGUGGCUCAACGCUAUCACCGCUCAUACCGGACAACAUAACGUCCACAAUAGUGAACGUUGUGACCAACAUAACCUCAGCUGUAACGGACAUGAUGACCAACACAACAACCGCCAAUGCCACUGAAAUAACACCGACUCUACUACCAAACACAACCGUUUUUGGUCAACCGACCCUGUCAGCAUCAACGAUCCCUCCGGCGGUUACCAAUGGAACUACAGCUACGAUCGCUCCAACCGUGACCAAUGGUUCUACAGCGUCAUCGAUCUUUACGACAAUCUCGAGAGAACUGAGCACACUUUCCACAGACUUGAGCACUGCUGUUUCCACAGCGCGCUCCACUAUAUGUGACAACCUGUGCCAAAGUAUUGGGAAUUGCCAGUACAACGCGACGAGCACCCGCUGUGAUUGCCCGCUAGAUGGCGCCCCUGCACCUACCCAGUGCGCUUCCUUCGAAAGUUGCUCAAACUCAACGCUAACUUGUACGUCGAACUGCACCAGGAUGGUGUAUGGGCUACAAGAGUUCGUCAGCUGUGAGUGUAUUGAGGAAGAGAAUUGUGGACCAGUGCCUGUGCCAGACAGACAAGACGACCUGGCCAUCAUCCUAGGCGUCGUCUUCGGCAUCAUUGCUCUCCUCCUCCUCAUCGCCCUCAUCUACUGCUUCUGUAUGACGAAGAAGCGCCGCGCCACCAAGGGUUCGUACAACCCCAGCGCGCAGGAGAAGAAGGCAGGGGCACAGGUCAUCGGGAUCACGGACCUCAUGCCCCUCCCGCCCAUGGAGAGGCUCAUCUAGCGGACAUCAGGACAGGAUAACAAAUUUCCUGAAAUCAUCUAGCUUUCUAGUACACCUCUUUUUAUAUUAUAGCACAUCAAUGUACGAACGUUUGUGCUACAUGUACUAGUAUUUUUUUUCGAGAAGUUCGCAGUGAUCGAUGGAUUUGAAGUCACGUGACAGUUUCAUGGUGUUCUCGCGUGGAUUUGCGAGCUUUCGUAUGUAGGAAGGAAAGAAAGAAAUUCUGGCUGAAAAGGAAGGGAUGAAUUGGUAAGUUUAUACCGCUGGGGUACAGUAGUCUGUUCCGGCUGGUAAACUUAGAGCCAUGAAUGAUGAUCGUGUCUUUUCGGCUGUCCUAAAGUCAGCCAAUAGCAUCAAGUAGAUGCUAAUCCGAUACAGAUUCGCUUCACAGAUCGACAUUUCUUCUCAACCGUGAUGAAGCGAAUGAAUUCGAAGCAGUUGAAGUUAUUCAUACGACUGGGAUCUAUGCUAGCAAGGAAGUUAUACCUUGAUGUUAGGGAUAGUUUUGGGAAGUGCGUGUGUAUGAAACGAUAGUAUAUGCCUAUGU